UCGCGUGUGUGGCGUCGUUGAGGGCAGGUCCCAAAUUUCUAACCACCUAGAACUACAAGUCAAAGCCUGUCAUAUCCCUCUUAUCAACAAAUGAAAUUUACUGAAGACGACGAUUCCUUCUUGGUACACUUCAUUGCGGAAAGUCACUCGGAAUUCAAAGGAAGAAAAGGGGAACUUUUGUACAAGAAACUCGUUCAACAACAUGCAGAUUCUCGUCAUUCUUGGAAAUCCUGGCAGCAUUAUUAUGUGAAACAUGCAGACUAUUUUGAUCAUCUCAUCGAACAGUAUCAAUUGGAACACAGUAUUUCAAUCCCACCAACAGUGACAAACCAGAUUCAGAAGAGAUACGGAUUCACAGAAGCUGAAGAUGCUCUCCUUGUGGAACACAUCGCGAAGAACGAUCUGAGUGGACAGAGGAAAGGCCUGUCGUUGUACAACGUACUUUCUCAGGUGCUGCCUUUCGUUGGCACUUCACAUCACAUUGAGAAAGUGCUGAUUUUAAGUUUCUAGCGUGAUGGGAAGCAACACGAAAGAAGUAGCAAGUCCUGGUGUCACCGAUACUCGAAGAAUGCAGAUUAUUUCGACAGACUCGUCGAUAUAUAUCGGCGCGAACACAACGUCAAUAAACAUCUCAUUUCUACUUU